AUGAUCUCGCGCUCGCAGAACAUAGCUACUGCGAUUGCUGGAAUGGUCGUGGUCGACUCUGCCUACAGCUGUCAGUCGCUUUGCUACGCCAUCCCGUCUAAAAUUUUGCACCGAAAGUACCGCGCGUACGGCCAGGCAGCAACGCACAUAUCUUCGGGUAUUGGAGGCUUGAGUGGUGUCCUGGUAGGCGGCGCUCACUUUCGAAGCAACGUCCCGAACUGGCGGAUCUAUUGGUACAUAUGUGCGGCUUUGUUCGCCUUCGGCCUGGUCGGAGUCUUCUUCGGAUACAAACCCCCAAAGCGUGAGCUGGAGGUCGCAAUGGGCCCUAAGGAGAAACUACGACGCAUGGACUGGAUCGGGAGCUACCUCAUCGCACCAGGUCUUGUGCUACUCGUUAUCGCGCUCCAGUACUCAUUUAAUCCAUACACCUGGACAGACGGACACGUGCUGGGCCGGUUCGUCGGCAGCAUUAUCUGUCUGGCCGCGUUCAGCAUUUGGAAAUGGAAGGGCACCAGCAGCGGCAUCCUGGGUCACUGUCUGUUUUGCGGCCGAAAAUUUCCGCUCGCUGUUGUCGCCAUGUUUGUCGAGGGCCUGGCGUUCUUCAAUGUGACAAACUACUUUGCCUACGAGCUUGUCUUCCUGCACCACAUCCACUCAUUCACAGGCAACCUCCGUUUCACCUUCGGCUUCAUCUCCUUGAUUGUCAUGGCUUUCAUCGUCGGUGUCUACACCGGAUCCGAGAGCCGCUCGUUGCUGGCCAACUCGUUCGGUUACGCCGCCUUCGCUGGUUCUGGUCUUGGUUUUAUCCUGAGCAACCUCAUGGUAGCAGCUCACAUGGGUACCCCACCCGACAUGAUAUCGCUGUGCUCCGGGCUUGUAACGGCGUUGAGGUCGUUGGGCGGCGCCACCGGACUCGCAAUCAACCACAGCGUUUUCAACAGCAGUCUCCAAUCACAAAUUCCCAGCAGGGUUGCGGCGGCUGUACUGCCUCUGGGCUUCAGUCCGCAGAACUUGCCUGCGUUGAUCGGUGCGCUGUCCAGCCAGAAAGAGUCUGCUGUUCGCGUCACAGGAGGCUUUCAAGGCUCAAUCCUCAUUGGUAACCCAAAGAGUGAGUCCAAAGAGUACAUUGACCCGCCUGUAGAGAUAGAAGUUGCGUUCGCAUAG